AUGGCUGACUAUGACCUCAUGAGCAGGUUCAAUAUCAGGAUUGGUCCUAGUCUUCAUGACUCGGACUUAUCCUUAUCUGACGAGGAAGGCUCCUCAGGAGUGCAAGUCUCUCCACCGUCUGAUUCAGGAAGUCAAGAAUAUCCAGAUCCAUAUGAUGAGUGGGCACACUUGUCAUACCCGGAUGAAGUGAAACCGUCUGAUUCGGCUUCUCGGCCAAGAACCGCAAACCGCACGCGAGGUCGCAACCCGAUCCAUGGCUCGCCCUCAGGCUCGGGCCGUCGUCAUUCACCGAGGCGCUAUGUUGUGCAGGAACGUGAUCUGUAUACUCGUCGAUCCCGCCGUCACCAUUCCCCAGAAUCCCCAGAGAGUCCGGAUUCUGCCGAGGAGUUUGGAGACCCUUAUAUGCAAUCGUCGCAGGAAAGACCACUUUGGCCGUCUGUGCCCCAAGGUUCGAAUUAUCAUCAUAGGCUGUCACCAGAGUCAUCGUACGUUUAUUCUAGCAGUGGCAUAUCACCCGGAGCUUUUGCGCAAUCUGGUCAUCGCCCGCCUUCCGGUCAUCAUCCGCCAUCCGAUCAACUGAUUAGACUUGGUCAUCACCAUCAGGCAGCUCAGCCGGCACCCUACAACCACCCUGCUUAUGGGUAUACUCCUCAUUAUCAGAAUCCUCAUGGGCCACAUAUACCACCGUUUUUCUUGCACGAGCACCAUCCCGGACAUCACAUACCCCAUGCGCAUCCGUCGCCUCAGGGUCGGAAUGAUUCACAUAACCCCCACCAGCAACCGAUAGCCCAUCAAGUUCCACCACACGGCCCUUCGCAGUAUGGCGGACAUCCCUUGAGCCCCCAUGAGCUAAUGCCAUAUGGGACAGGGGGAUAUUAUCCAUUCAGGGAACCUUACACCAUGGUUCCCGGAAUGGUCCACCCUUCCUACCUCAACGCAUACCCUCGUGCACCAUCUCCAAGCCAGGAAGAAUCAAGCCCGCCCUCAGCUCCCGCGCCCUCUGACGUAGCUAAGGAUGAGGCGAUCGCGAGGCUAGAAAAGUUAAUAUUGGAAGAGAGAACAGAACGCGAGAGCAAGGAAGCGCGGGAGGCCGCCAUCAAAGCUGCAAUUGAGAAAGAGGCCGCCGAAACUUCUGCUAGACUAGAGCGAGCUGCGCAUGAGAAAAAGAUCACCGAGGAAGCAGCGGCCGCUGCUAGGGCCGAGGCAGAGCAAAAGGCAGCCGAAGAGGCCGCAAAAGCAAAAAAAGAAGCGGAAGAAGCGGCAGCAGCGGCAGCAGCAGAGGCAGCGGCGAAGGCGACUGAAGCUGCUAAUGCAGCAGCAGCAGAGGCAGCCGCAAAGGCCACUGAGGCUGCUAAUGCAGCAGCAGCAGAGGCAGCCGCAAAGGCCACUGAGGCUGCCAAUGCAGCAGCAGCAGAAGCAGUCGCUGCCGCUACUGCUGCUGCCUCCAAUAAAGCACCAGAAAAGAAAAAGCCCAUCAAGUUCAAGGAUUCUAUUGGAAGGAAAUUUAGCUUUCCAUUUGAUUUGUGCUGCACCUGGCAGGGCAUGGAGGAGCUCAUACGACAGGCUUUUAUUCACAUCGAGGGGAUAGGACCUCAUAUAGUAGAGGGAAAUUAUGAUUUAGUAGGGCCAGAUGGUGAAAUCAUACUUCCUCGAGUUUGGGAAACCGUCAUCGAGCCAGAUUGGAUGAUCACUAUGCAUAUGUGGCCGAUUCCAGAAAAGCCGAAAACUCCUGAGCCUGCUCCAACUUCUGAAGGAGCUGCUGCUUCUGACAAUCCAGUCAGCACUGAAGCCGCUACUGUCCCUGAUAAUAGCGAAGCCAUCGUCGCUCCUGAUGAUCCAAAGAAGAAAUCCGAGUCCACAGUCUUUGAUUCAGUGGGCAAGAAGCGCUCCAAAGCUCCCAAUCCUGGCGCCUUAGCCUUCUGGAUGGCAGGCAGCCAACUAAAGAACAGAGCUUUAAAAGCGGGAAAAAAGCCUUAA